AUGCAACAAAUCAAUGAAGAUGCGUGUGUACGAGGGUGCCAUGAGAUCCGCGACGUCCAAGAAGAAAGGGACCAAGGGUCGUCCUUCCAUGUGGAAUUCAAAGAUUCAUCUGAUCCAAGGUCAGCGCUUACGGAGGCUGACAGUAGAGCUCAAAAAGCUAUUGUCGCUGCUUUGAAACAAGAUUGGGGGCCCGAACUAAGAAUCAUCGGAGAAGAGGACCCAAAGGAUGGAUUUCUUUCGGUUGCAACAAACAAAACAGCACUACGGAUCAAUCUGUGCUCAUCCAUUUUUAAGGAAGACUGUGACAUGCAAACUCUUUCGGACAUCAUUGUAUUUGUGGACCCUCUGGAUGGAACAAGGGAAUUCGUCGAAGGACGGCUUCAAAACUGUCAGGUUCUGAUUGGUAUUUCUGUCGGCGGAAUUGCGUCAGCAGGGGCAAUCGGAAUUCCUUUUCCAACAGGAAAUUUAGACGAAUCGCCCACAGUUGUAUAUGGGAAAGUCGGACUCGGGCACGGGAUUAUUGGAAGCCCACUUCCCAAUGCUCAUGGUCGGAUUCCGCUAUCACAACCCUUACUGGCGACAGGGGAUACAAUUCUUCCAAUUAUGGCUGAGGCAAGACGUAUAGUGCAAGAGCAUUUUGGAGGUAUAAACUGCCUCUACGGAGGUGCAGGGAACAAGAUCCUCGCUGCUGCUCUUGGACUUGUGGAUUGCACAAUACAACACAAAUUUGGUGGCCCGUGGGACACAUGCGCCCCCGCAGCAGUGCUAAAAUCAAUGGGUGGUGAAAUCACUGACCUGCUAGGAGAGGAUCUUUCUGUCUAUCAAGAAGGAGAGCAAGAACAGUCAACCAGGAGAGGAUUUGUAGCCACAGGGAGAAACUCCCUCAUCCCACACAAAGUUCUUGUUGCGGCCCUGCAGGAAUCUAAAAGAAUCACCACAUAUAUAAACGGCUAG